GCGGACCUCAGGUGCGCGCCUCUGCGUCCCCUUGGCACGGUUCCCGGGAGAUCGAGAGAGAAUCCUCGCUGCCCCGUGGCGGAAAAUAGUAACUGUCAAAGGCAGCUCUUUUAACGAGAGAGCUAUCACUCCGGCUCCGAGAGUUAUGGCGACCGCAGCGUCCAACCACUACAGCGUCCUGACUACCCCCAGCAGCGCGCCGCCGCCGCACUCGGAGUCCGGGAGCAUGCAGCAGGCAACGGCGUACAGGGACGCGCACACCCUGCUACAGAACGACUACACGCUACCUGGCAGCGGUCAUCCGCUCAGCCACGCGCACCAGUGGAUCACGGCUCUGUCGCACGGGGACGGGGCUCCGUGGCCAUCGAGUCCCCUCGGAGACCAGGACGUGAAACCCAUUCUGCAAAGCGACCGGGAGGAGCUGCAGAAUUCCGCUAGUCUGCAGCAACAGCAGCGACACCCUCACUUAGCGCACCAAACACACCACGACGCCAGGGCAUGGCGAACAAGCACGGCCACCACUCACAUCCCAGGUAUGGCAACGUCUGACGGCCAGAGCCUGGUGUACUCCCAGUCUGGUUUCGGCCUGGGGGGACCAGAGCAGAUGCACCACCACUCCCUGCGGGAUGAAGACCACCACAGCCACAGCCCACAUCUAAGCGAGCAUGGAGGCGGGGGGCAGUCGUCCCUCUCACACCACCAGCACGGAGGACACCCUGACCACUCGGAUGAGGACACACCGACCUCGGACGACUUGGAGCAGUUUGCCAAGCAGUUUAAGCAACGGCGCAUCAAACUGGGCUUUACCCAAGCUGACGUGGGGCUGGCGCUAGGGACCCUCUAUGGAAACGUUUUUUCCCAGACCACUAUCUGCAGGUUCGAGGCACUUCAACUAAGCUUCAAAAACAUGUGUAAACUCAAACCACUGCUUAACAAGUGGCUGGAGGAGGCGGAUUCCACCUCGGGGAGCCCUACAAGCCUGGAUAAGAUCGCGGCGCAGGGGAGAAAGAGGAAAAAGAGGACCUCCAUCGAGGUGGGUGUCAAGGGGGCUUUGGAGAGCCAUUUUCUUAAAAGUCCAAAACCUGGCGCCACGGAGAUCACCUCCAUAGCAGAUAGCUUACAGCUAGAGAAGGAGGUGGUGAGGGUUUGGUUUUGUAACAGGCGGCAGAAGGAGAAGAGGAUGACGCCCAUCGGAGGACAGUUACCGGGAACCGAGGACAUGUAUGGGGACACACCACCUCACCACGGCGCACAAACCCCGGUGCAAUGACCAGAAAAUCCGUUAUAACCACUCUGACAACUAAAGGAAUGUCCCCCUAUAUGUUUCUCUGUGCCGGAAUAAAUAGCAUUGGAACACAGCCAGUGCAAAUUUUUGGACCUAUGGAACACAGUGGGAAUACCGAGUGUUGGAACCCAAGCACUAGCCUACAUCCCAGACACAGGAAUAGCUAUGGAGUUUUCAUGCAGUGGAGAUGCUAGGCGCAAUAUAGGCUACAUGGAUCGUGGUUGGUUUUUGUACUAACCAAAAAUAGGCUCAAUAUUAUUGACAUCAAAUCGAUUUUAUGGUCAAAGUACCAAUAUAUCGAAGCGUGUGUGUUAAAAAAAAAGACGGUAGGCCCAUAGGCUGUGUGCACGAGCUACCCGCGGGAAGCAUAAAAGUCGCAGUCGACUGUCGCUAAAUAAACGCCAUCUUUCCGUCAUAACAAAAGCAACAGGGGUUUAACAUGGUCGAGGCUCAGUACACCUGCUGCACCUACAAGCCAGUGCCAUCACCAGCAUUUAUUAUUAUUGCUAGGUCUAUUAACCCCAUUGUUAUUGUUAUAAUGAAGGUAUUAUUAUAAUGGCCUUCUGUUGUUGUUGUUAAUAUUAUUAUUAUUAUGAUAUUUCUACAACAGAACUUUGGUUUAGGUUAUAUUGUUUAUUUUCAGGGUCAUAAGACAUGGGAUUAUAUUGAAAUGGGUUUUGUCAGUUAUAUAUGCGGUCAGAUUGUAUCCAAAUAAUCUAUUAUACUAUCGCCCCCACACUAAUCUAAAUAAAAUGUAUGUAUGCCUAUAUUCAUUUCUCAAAUAGCAUAUAUUAUUACUAAAUAACAGUGGUGAUUAUGAUAAUAAUAAUAAUAACAACAACAAUAAUAAUAAUAAUACAGUAAUAAUAAUUGUGGCCUGUGUAGGCUUUGCCUUUAUGAGGCACACACCGUGGGGUCAAAAGAACCAUGAAAAAUGUAUUCAUUUUCUUUUGACACUUUGUCAUGCCCAUCAUCAUGUGAAUCUACAUGUGACUGAUCUGCGCGCCUUUCUACAGUAUGUGUUGUAUUUGUAUAUUUAUUUCCAGUAACUAUGUGUUUCCAAAAUACUGUGACCAGAAAGACCGAGACUGUAAGAAUCAUACCAUAUCACUGAAGCCUGCCCUUUGCCUUGUUUCGUAAGAAGAAAAUAACGGAAUCUGUACCAGCUCUGUCUACAAUGGCUCGAAUUAAUCUAUACAAUGAUUAAUUACUAAGAAGAAUUGUUCGUGGGAUGUAACUUUAUUUGUUUUUGUAUGGCUUUGUAUAUUUGUUUGUUUGUUGAAUUUCCUCUUGUCAUACUAGUGCCAAAGCACAAACACGUGCACGUGCUCUUGUGCCACUCAACUCGUGAUAUAUCUGACAGCAUGCAGUGUUGGGGUCAACUCUGGCAAUUAUUGGACUAAAUUCAAAACCACGGAGUCAACAUGUUUUUUUUUUUGUAAUUUCAAGAAUUUGAUUUGGUUAUGAAGGUCAGGAAUAUGCAUAUUCAGAAUUGAAAUUAAACUGAAUGCAAUUAAUGUAAAAUUCUUCACAUAGGCCUAGCUACUUAAGAGAAAUAGCAUUGGUAUGACAAAUCUUUGUAAAUCAAAUUGGUUUGAAUAGAAUUAUAUAUUUUUGUUAUUUACUUCAAUGUAUCGUCCUAACAAAAUAUAAAAAUAAGGAUAUUGUUUAGGCAAGGAAAUGUAAUGAUAUUACGUUAGAAAUAGCGUUUUGCAACCACGAAUCGAUUUUUUGAUUAUUGAUUGGAAAUUCUUUCUACACACCUGGCCCAAUGGCACUAAACUGAGACAAUUUCACUCAACAUUACAAACCAAAAUAUAUAUGUUUCAGGCUGUUUAUUGACACGUGGAUCCUCUUCCGCUGAUGCAUAAAAAGCAAUCCUAAUUUAAAAUGCGUUAUUGGAAAAUGCAAAUUGCAUAUACAUAGACAUUCAAUACCUUUAACACUUGAUGGUAAUCAAUUACAUGACUUGUAUUUCCUGUCAAUCACUUUAAAUUGUAAAUAUUUGUUUCGUUACAAUUCUAAUUCAGACUUCAAAGAUUGGACUUGAUUUUAGUUUAUACGCAUUCUGAAUUGACCCCAAACCUGUGAUUCUGAACUGAAGGGGAAAAGAAAACAAAAAUUGCACAAUUUCUAUAUUAUGCUUUUUUGUCAUUAAAAUGUAUUUGUUUUUAUAAUCCUUUUGUAUUCUUCUCAUAGCCAAAAUGUCUUAGCUUAACGAAUGGAUCCGGCCUGCAAAGCACUACGCUGUCGCUACCACAAAUAGCCUAUAACCCUGCUUUAUAUAUUUAUGGUCGCUACAAUCCUCAGCGCGCGUACAUGCAUUGUAAUUAUGAAUUGUAUCAAUCUGCUUCGGUUACGCGGAAUGUCCUUCAGCGGUUUCUGAUAACGGUUUAUCAACGCUGAUUUGCAGAUAUUUUCUUAAGGAAAGAAAUCGUGUCGUUAAAAGUAGCCUGUGAAAUAAUAUUUAUACUAACAAUAAUAUUGUUAUUUGACGUAAUUUGUGUGUCUAUAAUUGAUAUCCAUGCUGUGUAUACAUUUAAAACAAUUGUGAACGUCAUAACCAUUCAACAGUUACAUUUGGUUUUAGACUUUAUGUAAAAUAGACGAUUAGCUAAUUUUAAGAAGACGCAAAUUCAUGAAAUGCAUAAACAUUGCAUUGUAUAAAAUUACAAAUAAAAUAUGCUGUAAUUACAGAAUUUUAUGCGAUCUUGCGAACCUGUGACCUGGAGUCCAAACACCGUUCCGAGCUAUGCUUGACUAAACUAGCGGUCGUGUUUCGACUAAAUAUUGCCCUAGUCACUCUAUGUUAUACAGGGUUAGAUACUAUAUUCUGUAAAUAAGUUGUAUAAAAUAAUUUAAUUGGAUACAAAUUCGACAUAACACAAACAUAAAAUCGUUAUAGAAUCUUUCCAUUGGCAAUUCCUUUAGUACGUUUCUCUUUAUUAUGGCCUAAUUUACUGGGGCCGUCGGUGGUAUUCCCCAGUAAAUAUUUUGGGCCUGUACAUUAAAGGUCAUUUUACUUUUUAAUACUGCCAAUGGCCAUCGUGUGCACAUUAUUUCCGAUUAUGUUAUGGGGUGAUGUAGGCUUAUUAGUAGUAAUAAUGGAGUAUUUAACGUCAAAAACAAUCUGAUUUGUUUACAAUAUUUUACAUACACGCUUCAUUGUGUCAUGUAUUUCACAAUCUAUGGUCUUGCUUGCUCAGAAACCCCCCAAAACAAAACUGUUGUGCUACCCGGUCAACAUCGGUAACAGUCUCACAGUGCCAUCUCGUGGACAUUCUGUGUACAGCUGUAGGUUGAGUUCGGUUGUUCGUCCUAUUUGCUGCUGUUUUUGGAACUAAGCACAUACCUUUCUGUAAAAGAUGAUCUCAUCUUCUGGCUUUCGCAAUUUUUUAUAUC